UAUUGACGUUGCAGUGACGUCACCCGCCGGCAUGGCUACCUCGGCGCUCGGGCCUAGGCUGGCUCUGCGGGUCCGGGGCUUCUUCUUCUCGCUCUGGCCCGGCUUGGGGACCAGGAGCUACGCCAGGAAGGCCGUGACCAAGUCGAAGGGGAAAGGCGUCGCCAAGGAGGCCCUGCAAGGCCCCGAAGUCUGCAAGGACCCCGUCCUGCUCACCACCCACGCCAUGGGGGCCAAUAUCUACAAGGAGGGGCCCCCAGUGGCCCUCAAGCCCGAUGCCGAAUACCCAGAAUGGCUUUUCCAGAUGCAUAUUGGGCCCCCGAAGAAGCUGGAGGAGUUGGAUCCGGAGACUAUGGAGUACUGGCGCCAUUUGCGGAGGCAAACCACCCGGCAGCGGAACAAGUUGCGCAAAGGCCGGCCGUUUUGAGCCCGAGCUUGGCAGGCAAAGCUCAGGCGGACUCAAAAGUGGACUGAUUCCUGUGCCAUUGCUCUUUGUGUUUUCGGUGUAAAUGUCAAUUAAUAAACAGUCGUUCUGA